UUGACGCACGCGGGCUGCUCAUUCAAAACACACGACUUUACAGUUUCGAAUCCGGAUGCUGCAGAAAAACAAGAUUAAAAACACGCAUAUCCGAGGUUUUGCGUGUUAUUUCAGACCUGCACUACGUGAAUGGACACAGUAAAGUAAUCCGUGUUUUCAAAACUGAUGGCCGAGUAUGGAAUCAGAACUGUUGAUUGGAUGGCAGCAGGAGAGGGCAGAGCUGAAGGCGGAGUUAUCGCGUCUGCAGGAUGAGUUGGCAGAGAGCAGAGCAGAGAGGGAGGAGCUUCAGUCUCGAGCUCAAGCUUUGACUGACAGGCUGUCUCAGACACUGGACCCUUCUCUGUCAUUAUCAGUGCGUCUGGACGAUGAGCAGAGAGAAUGGCGGAGAAAGCUCAGAGAGGGCAGAGAGAGAGAAGCCAGACAGGCUCUGCUCAUCCAUAAACUUCAGAACAAGGUGUUGGAGUACAGGGCUCGCUGUCAGGCUCUGGAGCAGCAGUCGUUCAGUGAGGAGCGAGAGCUGAGGAUCAGAGAGAGGAUGCUGCGGGAUGAACGCAGUGACACGCUGGAGAGCACCCUCAUCAGGCUGGAGGAGGAACAGCAGAGAAGUUUGGGGCUCUCGGAGGUCAGUGCUCUCCUGCGGAGUCAGCUCAGCCAAUCAACAGAGGCUAAUGAAGCCCUGAGGGACGACCUGCGAAAGCUAACAGCAGAUUGGUCUAAAGCGGUGGAGGAGGUGGUGCAGAAAGAAAUCGAUUGGCAAAAAGAGAAAGAGGUUUUGACAGGCCACAUAGGGAAGGAGCAGACCAGGCUGAUGACUCUGUGGGGACGUGUGGUCACGCUCAGACGCCAGUGUCACUCUCUGAAGACUGCUACUGACAAAGACCUGUGGGAGCUGAGAGCAGAGUUCUCUCGUCUCUCCUCAUCUCUCCUCUCUGUAUGUGGUUCUCCACGAUCGGCUCCCAUUCUGCCCCAUGACUCCCAUAUAUCUCACUCCACUACAGCGCAACCCCUCUCCUCCACCCAGGGGCCACUGUCUCUUGAUGAUCUGAAUCAUGAAGAGAGGAAGUCGACUGAAUUAAAAGCCGACCUGGAGUCAGAGACACUGGAACUCAGGAACAGGAUAACAGAGCUGAAUAUGACAAUAAAAACUCUUGAAUCUGAAAGGGAGAAGCAGGAGGCAGAGAUGGAGACGAGACACAGGCAGGAGAUGGGGAGAGAACAAGAGCAAGAGAGGAAGUGGCAGAGACAGAUAGAAAUGGAAAGAAACUUUGAGUCUGUCAGACAUGCUGUCAGGACACUGUCAAGGGUUCUCAGCUCUCAGCAGAUGAGUGGGCAGUUAGGCUCUCUGUCUGCAGAUGAUGUGUCCAGUGAAGGACUGUCUUCUGUCCUCUCUAUCAUCGCUCAAGCUGAGACUGCCCUGCAAUGGAGACAACAGGAAGUACAGGAUGCUCAGAUGAGCUUGCGUAGACUUGGGACAGAGAAAGAAUCACUGGAGCAGCGAAUCACGCAGUUGGAGAGUGAGAGGGCGGAGCUUCAGGAACAGACCAAUCAGGGAGCACUGCAGAUGAAACACACGCAGGAAUUACUGAACAGUGAGAAGGAGAUGGUGACUAGUUUGCGCAGUCAGAUGGAGGAGGCCGAGAGACUCACAGAGGAGCUGAGACAGGAGAAUGAACAUAUGAGACGACAGAGAGAGAAGGAGGAGGAGGAGAGAAUCCAGCUGGAGAGAGAGAGACAGAAACGCAUGGAGGCAGAAAUGCUAGAGGCUGCUCAGCUGUGUGAGAGAGAGACUCGCUCCCGUCUGGAGCUGCACAGCCUGCAGGGGGCACUAGAGAGAGAGAAGCUGGACAGAGCACGAGCUGAGCAAGAGACAGCCGACACUAAAGAUUCUUUACUGAAGGCACGGGAGUCAUUACUGGCCCUGUCCUCCAGUCAAACCCAGCUCAAGAGAGAGCUGGCAGAAGGUCGAGAUGCCCUGGAGAAAAUGGCUACUUUAAAUGAAGCUCUGGCCAAGGACAAGAGAGAACUCAGUGUUCGUGCUCUGCAGCUGGAGACGGAGGUGGCAGAAGCCCAGGCCCAGAUCCAGGCAUUUGGCGCAGAGAUGGCGGGUCUGUGCAGGGAAGUGAAGACCGCGUCUCUAGAGGCCAAUGAAUUAAGGGAACGGAGAGAGACGGAUCUGAAUACUCUGCAGCAGCUCAGAAACCGAGAGAGAGAGCUGGAGAAUGAGCUGGAGACAGAGAGGGAGGACAGGGAGAGAGAAGUGACUGCUUUCACAGAAGAGAAGAGGAAAAAUGAACAAAGGAUUGCAGAGUUAACCGAACAGUGCAGUACGAUGAUGAAAGAGCUGCAGAGUGUCCAGGCAGAACUACUCAAAGCAGCAGAGCAGCAGAGAAGAGCUGAACGAGAGAGAGACGACCUAAUGAGAGAGAGCCAGAGACUAGAGGACACAGUAUGUACACUGGAGAGAGAAAAGGAGGAACUCACACAAGUCAAAGAGGAACUCAGAGGCGUGGUGGUAUGUCUUCAGAAGCAGAUUGCUCAGGUUCAGGAACAGGCCUCAGGUCUGGAGGUGCAAUGCAGUCAGCUACAAACACAGGUGGACACGCUCACACAGACCAAAGAUGUCUUGCAAGGAGAGAUUCAAUGUCUACAGACAGACCUAGAGAGAGAGACAGCACAGAGAGAAAAGGAAAACCAAGAAGCAUUGGAGGAAAGAAGGAAGAGUGAAAGAGAGAUGGAAAACUGGCAGUUGGAAUGCAAGAGGAUUCAGCGGGAUGUUGAACAAGAAACGGAGAAAAACAAAGUACAAUUGGAAGAGAGCAAAACCGAGAGAGAAAGAUGGCAAAAAGAGAGAGAAGCUCUGAACGCAGAACUUGGCCAGAAAGAUGGAGAAGUGGAGAUACUGAGGAACAAGACUGAUGGUUUGUUAAAAGAAAAAGAAGAGCUAAUAGACCACUUAAAUAAAAGAAACACAGAACUUGAGAAGCUACAAAUGAAAUCAGCUGCAGAGCAGAAAACAGUCGAACAAAGACUGAGAGAAGCGUGUGAUGAGAUUGAGAGAUGGAAGGAGAGAGAAAACAAGGUUCAGAGAGAGAAAGAAGAGUUAAAUCAGAAGUAUAUUGAAAGAGUGGAAAAAGAAAGUCAGAACCUCAAGGUCACAGAGAGAGAGAAGGCUAAGAUGUCUGAUCUAAUGAAAAAGAAGGAGGAUGAAAUACGAAAGAGAGGAGAGGAUAUCGAAGAGUUAAAAUCAAAAGUCCAAUCGCAUGAGAGAACAAUUGAGAGCCUGGAAAUAGAGUUGCAAGAGAAAGAGACCUUGGAGAGUAGAGUGGAAACCCUGGAGAGAAACAACACUCAUCUGAAAGAGAGAGAAAUGGAGAAAAUAAGAGAAAAUGAAAACAGACAAAAGAAAAGAGAUGAGCAAGAGAGGGAGAAAGACAUGAGGUGGAGAAGACAGUUGGAACAGAAAGAUGAAGACUUGACAGAGCUCAAAAGCAGAGUUGAAGAACUAAUAAGAGAGAAAGAACAUAUCUCGUUACUUGUGGAAGAAAGAGAUAAAGAUGUUGAACAAUUGCAAACUGCAUUGUCGACAGAAAAGAAAACUCUUGAACUGAGACUGAAAGAGGCGAAAGACAAUGUAGAGUGGUGGAAGAGACGAGCUGGCAACAUGGAAAAAGUAAAGGAGAGCUUAAAUUGGGUUGCUGAAAGAGAGAAAACAGAACUGACAGAGCUUCUUAGACAAAGAGAGGAAGAGGUACAAAAGAGAGAAGAGGACAUUGGUGAUCUCAAAGGUAGAAUUCAGUCAUUAGACGUAAUCAUAGAGAAACUAGAGACUGAUGUUCAGCAGAAAGAUGAGCAACUUGAACUUCUAAAGGAGCAAAUCUCACAGAUGAAAGAGAGGGAAAUGGAGAAACAAAAAGAGGUGGACAGGAAGCAAGUAGAGGUAAAGGAACAGGAGAAACAACUGAAAUGUGAAUUAGAAGAUCUCAAUAACAACAUGGAGGGAGUCAUUCAAGAAAAAGAGGCAAUACUAGAAAGGUUGGAAGAGAGAGAUAGUGAACUAAAAGCAUUACAAGCACAACUUGCACAAGAACAGAAGACGUUUGAACAGAAGCUCAAAGCAGAGCACGAAGAGGUGAACAGGUGCAAAGCCAAGUUAGCCGAGGUGGAACGAGAUCGGAUAAGCUUGGAGGAAAGGGAGAAGGAGCAAAAGAAAAGACAGGAGAUGGAGAAAAGAGAUAGGGAGCAGAUACUGAGAGAAGAGCUCCUUCAGAAGGAGAUGGAGCUGAAGCAGUUGAGACUGAAGAUUGAUGAACUGAACCAGGAGAAAGAGGAAGACCGGAGGAUAAGAAUGGAGCAACAAGAAGACCUUGAACGACAAACUACCCUCCUACAAGACACUGAGGAGGAGGCACGGGCACUGAAGAAGAAUUUACAGCAAAAAGAAAAAGAGGAAAGAGAUAGGGAGCAGAUACUGAGAGAAGAGCUCCUUCAGAAGGAGAUGGAGCUGAAGCAGUUGAGACUGAAGAUUGAUGAACUGAACCAGGAGAAAGAGGAAGACCGGAGGAUAAGAAUGGAGCAACAAGAAGACCUUGAACGACAAACUACCCUCCUACAAGACACUGAGGAGGAGGCACGGGCACUGAAGAAGAAUUUACUGCAAAAAGAAAAAGAGGAAAGAGAUAGGGAGCAGAUACUGAGAGAAGAGCUCCUUCAGAAGGAGAUGGAGCUGAAGCAGUUGAGACUGAAGAUUUAUGAACUGAACCAGGAGAAAGAGGAAGACCGGAGGAUAAGAAUGGAGCAACAAGAAGACCUUGAACGACAAACUACCCUCCUACAAGACACUGAGGAGGAGGCACGGGCACUGAAGAAGAAUUUACUGCAAAAAGAAAAAGAGGAAAGAGAUAGGGAGCAGAUACUGAGAGAAGAGCUCCUUCAGAAGGAGAUGGAGCUGAAGCAGUUGAGACUGAAGAUUUAUGAACUGAACCAGGAGAAAGAGGAAGACCGGAGGAUAAGAAUGGAGCAACAGGAAUACCUUGAACGACAAACUACCCUCCUACAAGACACUGAGGAGGAGGCACGGGCACUGAAGAAGAGUUUACAGCAAAAAGAAAAAGAGGAAAGAGAGAGAGUCCACCGUGAGGAAGAAGCAAUGAAAAGGCUGAGAGAAAAGCUGCAUGAAGCCGAAAAGAGGAACGUUGAAGUCUCAAGAUGUCUACGAGAGACCGAAACGACACUGGAGAAGGAAAAAUCUCAGCACAGAGAGAAAGAGGAGAGACUUAUGGACUGUAACCAAGAGCUACUAUUGGUCAAACGUGAGCUAGAUCAUGAGAGGGAGACUGUUGAAGAACUGAAGAAACUUAUAAGCGAACAAGGCGAAGAGGUGAAGACACUGAAGGGAAAACUGGAUGAACGGUUGAAAGAGGUGGGAAGGUUGUCACAACUGCUGCAAAACAGCCGAGGGGAAGCACAGGUGCUUGAAUCCAGGGCAGAAAACAGUGAAGAGGAGAAACAAAGAUUAAAGAGGUCUUUAAGUCAGAUUGAAGAUGAGAAGAGGCAUCUGGAGACCCAACUGAGAGAUGAAAAAACGGAAGGGGAAAGACUGAGAGCCAGGCUUGAGGAUCUUCAGAAAGGUCAACAUAUCCUGAUGGAGGAGAAGGCGGGACGUGUGGAGAAGCUUGGGGCUCGCAUUAGAGAGCUGGAGGAGGAGAGAGACCAUCUCUCGGCAGAGCUUCGAAGGAAAGAGAGAGAGAUUGAGGCUCUUAGAGAUGAAACGUUUCGGGAGAGGCGAGAGAAGGACAGAAUAAGCUCUUUGCUGAAUGAUGCAAAUGAAAGGAAAGAAGCCUUGGUUGCUCAGAUGGAUGCUUUACAAGAACAGGUGGUUAAUCUGUCUAGAACCAAAGAACAAACAAGGUCAAAGAUCCAGGAACGAGACGAACAGAACCAGAAGAUGCAAGAGGGGCUGAUUGCAGGGCUUCAGGAGAUGGCUACUCUGAAAGAACUGCUGGAAGAGAGUCAUCGUGAGGGAGAGAGACUCAGGUCCAUGAUGCAGGAAAGGAAGGAUGAGUUGGUCCGGAGCAGAGAGGAAGGAGUUAGGGCGGCACAAAUUGAAGCCAAAGAUCUUCUACUAAAAGUCCAGAUGUUAGAGAAGCAAAAACUGGAACUUAAGUCCACCGUGCAACUCCAAGAGGAACAACUUAAGAAGAAAAAUGAGGAAGGGUUGCGAGAGAUGGAGCAAAUGCUGCAAAGAGAGGAGAAGUUAGAAGAAGAAUUGACAACCACGAAGAGCGUAGUGGAGCAGAGAGAGGCUGAGCUGACAAGAGCGAGGGCUAGAAUAGACAUCCUGGAAGAUCAGAGGACUGAACUCAGCUCUUUGGCGGCAGAGAGGACCAGAGACGCAGAAGAACUGAGCGACAGAUUCAGAGAGCUGAGACAGGAAGUGGACAGACUGAGAGAGGACAGAAUAAGAGAGAGUAAAGAUUGGGAGGAACUCCAAAAUGAAAAUAAAGAGAAACAAAAUGUGUUAGAGGGAUUGGAGUUCCUCAGAAAAACACUGAGGGAAAAGGAAAAGGAGAUAGAAUUGAUGAAAGAGAGAUAUGAAAAUGAGAAAAGAAAAAGCGAGAGAUUCCAGCAAGCGGAGGAGCAGAAAGUUAGACAACUAGAAUUAUUCUCAGAGAGACUGAAGGAUAAAGAAACUGAGUUGGAGAGUAUUCGAGAAAUGGCGUAUAAAGAACAAUCAGCAAGACUUAGAUUGCAGGAUCAAUUUGAAGAUGAGAAAAGAGAUACUAAGAUAUUGAGGGAAAAAAUGGAAACCUUAGAGAAAGAGAAACAAGAGAUGGAGACCAAAAUAGAAGAGGAUACACGUAAUCUUAGAGAAUCUGAAAAGAAAAACAAAGGACUAAAGAUGGAUAGUGGCCAUGGCACUCUAUCAGACUUCCUAGAGAUAAAUGCUGAAUAUCAGCCUCAUGACAAGUUGUUAGAGACAGAGACACUUAGAAGGGACCUUACAAGAAAGGAACAGGAAAUGGAGAGGUUGAGGACCAAGGCUCAGACCCUGCAAACUGAGCUAGACAGACUGCACUCCACAAUAAAAAACGAGAACAUAAAAACCGGGCCAACAGAUACUAAGGAAUGGGAAAGGCUAAAGGAACAAGUGUCCGCUGUCCUUUUAGAAAAGGAGGAGAAGGAGAGACUCCUUAGAGAGAAGGAUGUUGAAGUAUAUGCUCUGAAGGAGCGAGCCAAAGAGCUGACUAAAGACAGGGACCGGGUCAGGACGGCUCUGGAGAAGACUGAAGCCAUGCUGAUUCACUAUAAAGAGAGGCUGGGACAGCAGGAGCAUAAGAGAACCCGAGCAGAAGCUGAUAUGUCACAGGAGAAAGAGCUUGAACAGAAGGUCCAGUCCACAGAUGAGGUGGAUAGAGACUCUGCUGUACAGGAGCGUCUGUCGGCCAUGCAACGGGCCGUGGCACAGCUGGAGGUGGAUCAGAACCUUCUGCAGAAGAAAAACAAUCAUCUGGAGAAGAAAAUUGAGAGACUACGAACUGAGCGACAGCACCUGAGAGAGACGCUGACACAGGUUGAGCUGGAGAGGGGGAAACUGAGGCAUCAGCUGUCACAGUCAGAAGCUGGAGUUCUGGACCUGUCAGAUGGUACGGACAAUGAAGAACUAAAGCGUCUCAGAGUCCGAGCCAGUGAGCUAGAAGAACAGGUUCACCAUCUUCGUCUCAUGUUGGCUGUGGACCAUCAGCAGAGGGCAAAGUUCAUAGACCGCUCUCUGAAGAACAGCCAAAGUCUGAUGUCCCUGAGACAGGAUCUGAACGAGUCUCUAGCUGCGGUCUCUCAGCGGCCCGUCCCGUCAGUGCUGGAGUCAGAGACACAGAGGCUGGACAGGAGCAUCAGAGAGGAAGAGCUCCGAUUGUCUCUCAGCCAAAGCUGAAGAAAUAAAACACUCCUUUAUGUGUAAUGACUAUUAUAUAGUUCAUUUAACAUCAUAUUUUUGCACUUAACAUUCAGUAAUUCUGACCGUGAGCAUAAGAUUUAUUUUACACUCAGGGUUUUACUGCUACUUUAUAUAUAUAUAUAUUUAUGCAUUUUGUAUAUCUUUUUGUUUUAAACCAUUGUAAAAAUUCUAAUUAGCUACAAAAUAUAAGCUUAAAAAAGGCAACUAUUUUAGAUAGCGAAUUUCAGAUUUACAUGUCUCUUCUUGACAUGCAGAUAAUUUAAUAAGCUAAAAGCUUUGCCAUUGUGUUUACAAUACUUUCCAAAGCUAUUCUGUCAGUGUUAUUGUUUGUGCAAUAUAAGCAAUCGGUUUAAUUAAAUGUAAUACUUUUUUUUUUUUUUCAUUUAUUUUCAAAUAAACUUCAGAAUGAUUACGA